AUGACUCCAAGAAUUUCUGAACGUAUGAACAGAGGUUUGAUUAAGCCGGUCUCAGAUGCAGAGAUUAAGAAAGCAGUCAAGGCGAUCAAAAGUGACAGUUCUCCUGGUAUUGAUGGUAUGACUGGACAGUUUUUCCAAAAAUUCUGGAACAUUGUUGGACCACAGGUGAUUUUGGAGGUCAGAAGUUUCUUUGAGUCGGGUCAGUUACCGGCAGAUUGGAACUUUACAGAGAUAUGCCUUCUACCAAAGGUUCAGAACCCCAACCAGAUGAAGGAUCUGCGACCGAUCAGUUUAUGUUCAGUGGUGUAUAAAAUUGUGUCUAAGAUACUUUGUGACCGCCUGAAGAUUGUGCUUCCUCACAUUGUUUCUCCUGCCCAGGGAGCUUUCGUUGCAGGCCGGUUGAUUUCAGACAAUGUUUUAGUUGCACAUGAGAUGGUGCACGGUUUAAGGACGAAUCCUCUAUGCAAGUCUGAAUUUAUUGCUAUAAAAACAGACAUGUCGAAAGCGUACGAUCGAGUGGAAUGGGAUUUCCUUGAAGCUUUGUUUCAAAAACUGGGGUUUCAUCAGCAAUGGAUUUCGUGGAUUAUGUGCUGUGUGCGAUCAGUGUCUUUCUCCGUCUUGCUAAAUGGACAGUCCUAUGGCCACUUUAGGCCUAAAAGGGGGAUCAGACAGGGGGAUCCACUAUCACCAUUUUUAUUUAUUUUGUGUGCUGAAGCUUUGGUCCACACAAUGAAUCAAGCGGAACACCAAGGGCUGGUAUCAGGGAUGAAGUUAGCUCCAACGUGUCCUGCGGUGCAGCACCUUUUAUUUGCAGAUGACAGCUUCUUCCUAUGCCGGGCAUCACUAGCAGAGUGUGCAGAAUUUCUUCGUCGUCUGAAGUUGUAUGGGGACUCUUCAGGCCAGGUCAUCAAUUUUCAAAAGUCUGCAAUAACAUUUGGUGCUGGGAUCGAUCCGGUUAUGAAGAGAUUGUUGUCUGAGUUCCUGAAUAUAGAGAAUGAAGGUGGUGAUGGGAAGUAUCUUGGAUUACCUGAAUGCUUCAGUGGCUCUAAAAGGAAGUUGCUUGCGUAUAUAGGGGAAAAGCUGGGUAAAAGACUUCAAGGAUGGUUUGCCAAAAAGCUUUCCCUUGGUGGAAAGGAGGUUCUCCUUAAGUCAAUUGCUAUGGCUUUACCUGUUUAUGCUAUGUCCUGUUUUAGAUUGACAAAGCAUCACUGCCAGAAAAUCAUGAGUGCAAUGGCGAGUUUUUGGUGGGAUGAGUGUGACGAAAAGAGGAAGAUACAUUGGGUAUCAUGGCCAAAACUCUGCAUUUCUAAGGAGAAUGGUGGCUUGGGAUUUAGAGAUAUUGAGGAUUUCAACCAAGCUCUCCUAGCAAAACAGGCUUGGAGGUUGUUAAAUGAACCUAAUAGUUUGCUUGCGAGGAUCUACAAAGGAAGGUAUUAUGCUAAUACGGGUUUUAUGGAGUGUGGGAAAGGGUAUAGACCGUCGUACGCGUGGAGGAGCAUCUUUUUUGGCAGGGAGUUGUUAAGUAAGGGGCUGAUUAGAUCCAUCGGUGAUGGCCAGUCAACUUUGGUGUGGAGUCAGAAAUGGAUUAUGGAUGAAGUGCCGCGCAGACCUAUUAACAAGGAGAUGAUGAUUGAUGUUAACCUAAAAGUCUCCGAUCUUAAGCUGAAUGAGAAUCAAUGGGACGGAGAUAAGCUUCAAGAGAUCUUUCCUAUUAAUGAGGUUAACCGGAUAUUACAUAUGCCUGUGGGUAACAUAGCGGACAAAGACAUCUGGGCUUAUUCCUCUCAUGGCUCUUAUACGGUUAAGAGUGGAUACAUGGUGGCUACAAAAGAAAAGGAACAGCAGGCUUUACAAAUGAGUUUGGCUACUCAAGGGUUGUUGGAGCUGAAGAGAGCCAUUUGGAAGGUCCCAACAGUUCCAAAAAUUAGAAGUUUUAUGUGGAGAGCGGUUUCUGGAGCCUUAGCUGUCUCUGAAAGACUGAAUACACGUGGGAUGCAUGUGGAUACAGUCUGCAAGCUCUGUAAACAAGGAGUCGAGUCGAUCAAACAUGUUCUUUUCGAAUGUGAGAUUGCACAAGAGAUGUGGUCUUUAGCGGGUUUUCAACAAGGUCCAUCGAUAACUGAUAAUAGUCUGAUUGGUUGGUUGUCAAGCUACCUCAAACUAAUGUCGGUGGAUUCCCAUCCGGUCUCACAAAGAAGAGCGAUACCAUGGGUUCUCUGGAGCAUUUGGAAGAAUCGAAAUAAGGUCUUGUACGCAGAUUCUCAAGACUCAUUAGCUUCUCAAGUUACUCAGGCAGGUGAAGAGGCUAGGAUCUGGAAUGAGUUAAAUGUAGAGCAGCAACCGCUGGAGUCUAUAGGUGGCCUGAUGGGAGAGAACAGGCGAUGGGAUCCACCAUUAAUAGGUACUGUGAAAUGUAAUAUUCACUCGAAUUGGAGAAACGCUAAACUGCAUAGUGGGGGCGCUUUUAUGAUUCGUGAUCAUAGAGGAGAUGUUCUUCAUCAUGCGCGAGAAGCAUUCACGUUCUCUCCUGAUAGAUUAACAUCGGAGUUGCGCUGUUUGGAAUGGGCGCUGCAAAGUAUGAAAGAUCUCGGCUAUCAGGAUGUAGUGGUUGGGUCUGAUCUGCAUGAUCUUAUCAAUGCCGUAAUGAGACAAGUAAAUUGGCCAAGGUUCAGGGCAAUACUGUCAAGAGUGAGUACACUCUGUUUGUCCUUCCCUUCUGUGGCCUUUGAAUCUGAGUCUGCAUCAUCAAAUGGUAUUGCACGGGAGAUUGCUAAGAGCGUGCUGCGCGACGGGCGUUUUCAAUCUUAUUUGGCAAUGGGUGGACCAUGGCUUCACCAACAAAUUGUUAGAGAAGCAAACCUUAUACACUCGUAG